AUGGGUGCACUGAUUUCGCUAGGACGACAACGUGUACUGGACCUAUCUCGGACUGUCCAAACUCGUCGCCUGAUAUGGACGCGCUUUGGAGAACGGCGCAGACUCAUGGUAGCUGUCGAGCACGCGACAAGACCGGCGGCGAAGGAAACAUUGGCAGAACAUCUUUCCCAAGUGGCCAAAAGUCGUGACCUCCAGCAGACGUUCCAACCUCCCUCAAAUCCCACCAGUCACAACAACAAAUACUACCAAUCCGACACCCAGUCCACCGCAGAUGCCAGACAAAGUCGCCAUCGACCAGCAAACGGCCCAAUAAUAAGAUGGCGCAGUUGGCAUCUCAUUAACUUCGUCUGUCGCGUAGCACAAACUGAGGAUGAGAUGUGCGAACCCGAGAAUACCAGAGAGGAUGAAGGUGGUAUCAUGUUGGUCUUUGGUGAACACGCCCCAGUAGUUGGAUGUCCCGAGGCGAACGAUUAUGCGUGUGAUCAGGACGAGGAGGCCCAAGGUGACGAAAAGGGCUGA